GUGUAAAACAUAUAUGAGACCGUGUAAAAAAUUAAUAGGCAUGCAAUUGAUGGGCAAACUCAAUGUUGAUUUAACUCUCCAUAUUUGUAUUUGCAACAUAUUUUCAUACUUCAUAUUUUGUUUGUGGGUUUUUUCAUUUCAUAUGAAACGUGUGGCACAAAACGAACUCCAUACAGGUGGUGGCGCUGAUUCUGUGACUAUUUCUUUCUCCGACCGCGCUAAAGCGGAGAAGCAGAAGACUGUGCCGUGGCAGUCCACGCCUCCGCGCUCGGACGGGGCUGUUGGAGGAGCAGAAAGAAGAGCUGAGCUGCGCUGCUGAAGUUAUCUGCAUUGCUGUCUGACCAGGAGUCUGCGCAUAGUCUUGAGCAUUAAAGAAACAAAAUGAUGUCCUAUUUCAAGUCUUCUCCUGCACUUUCCUAUCCAGCUUAAACAUGCUUCUGUAAACACAUCAGGAGAUUCCGUCAAAGGAAACGUUUAGAUGUUAAAUAUGGUGUCCAGAAAACAUUCUGGUACUCAGCAAAUGUCAUCUGGUACCCUCCACAUGAACACAUCUCAUGGACAAACACAGAAAACUCACUACUGCUUGGAGUGUGGAAAGAGUUUUACUCAAAAGAGAACUCUCAAAACACACCAGCGCAUUCACACUGGAGAGAAGCCGUAUCUCUGCUCAGAGUGUGGGAAAAGAUUUAAUACACAGAGUAAUCUCCAAAGACACUGGCUCAUUCACACAGGAGUUAAAGCAUAUUACUGUUCAGAUUGUGGGAAGAGUUUUGCUCAGCAGAGUACUCUCCAAGAACACCAGCGCAUUCACACAGGUGAGAAGCCGUAUUACUGCUCAGAGUGUGGGAACAGUUUUAAUUGCCGCAGUUCUUUUCAAGAACACCAGCGCAUUCACACAGGAGAGAAGCCGUAUUACUGCUCAGAGUGUGGGAAGAGUUUUAAUCAUCGCAGCUCUUUUCAAGAACACCAGCGUAUUCACACUGGAGAGAAGCCGUAUCAGUGUUCAGAGUGUGGGAAGAGUUUUAAUCGUCAAAGUACUCUCCAACGACACCAGCGCAUUCACACAGGAGAGAAGCCCUAUUACUGCUCAGAGUGUGGGAACAGUUUUAAUCGUCACAGUUCUUUUCAAGAACACCAGCGAAUUCACACUGGAGAGAAGCCGUAUCAGUGCUCAGAGUGUGGGAAGAGUUUUAAUCGUCACCGCACUCUCCAACGACACCAGCGAAUUCACACAGGUGAGAAACCGUAUUACUGCUCAGAGUGUGGGAACAGUUUUAAUCGUCGCAGUUCUUUUCAAGAACACCAGCGAAUUCACACUGGAGAGAAGCCAUAUCAGUGCUCAGAGUGUGGGAAGAGUUUUAAUCGCCACAGUACUCUCCAACGACACCAGCGAAUUCACACGGGAUAGAAGCCCUAUUACUGCUUAAGAGUGUGGGAAGAGUUUUACUCUACAGAGUCAUCUCCAUCAACACCAGCACAUCCACACAGGAGAGAAGCCAUGUCCCUGCUCAGGGUGUGGGAAGAGUUUCAAGCAUCUAAGGGCUAUGACCACACACAAGUGCACUGUAAGCAGUGGUGGAAAUGGACAGUUGUGAGUGUAACAUCUUGCUGUCUGCGUCCACCCCAGAUUUCAAGUUGUUUUUAAGUGGAAACACCUAAUGUUGCUUUACAUUAUUUCUAAACAUAAGCAUAAAAUGAAAUAAAAUUUCCUUAGCUGAACAUGAAGUUAACCCACGUAUACUGAAUUUCAUUUGUGUCAUAUGUUGAAAACAAUUGAGAAGUUCCACAUUCAAUAAUGAAAGAUGGUUUAUUUAUUUAUUUAUUUAUUUUCUAAGAGUAUAAUCUAGUGUAGUUUUUCCUGACGCAGCGAUGGAUGUUUUGACAAAGAUUUGACAGUGUGCUUUGCUCCUUGAGUCUUUUUUUUUUCUCCUUUGAUUCCUACAUGUUAAUUAGUUAACACUUCUUACGCUAAAGUGUGAAUUUAUCUUUCCAUUUAAUCUCUAGGAGAUGCUUACUGUAUGCUGUAUGUUCUGAGUGUUUUUGUUGAGGACUGUAAUGAAGCAGCUAUGACCCAGAACAUUGCAACAGUAAACAUUUUGCUGUGGUGAGCAGGAGGAAACAGCUUUGUAAUAGAGAGUUCACAGUAUUAAGACAGACUGCAAGUCUCAUCGCACUGUCUGAGUGACUUACUGGUGAUUCCUCUUCAGAAAGGCCUGUGCAUGCCUGUUUUUCAGAGCAUGAAAUUGCAUGCAUCUGUGAACUUUCCAGUACUGUUUUCAAAGACUUUAGGGCAGUCAAAGUCUGCAUCAUAAUAUUUUUGCUUUGUAAUAAGGAAACAAUAUGUAAAAUUCUGUUUGUGCACAGUGUUAUUUACAUAUAAUUUACCUAAAGGUAUAACUACUUAGACCAAGUAUAUGUUAGACAGUGUGGAAGACACCUGCAGGUGCUCUCACCCCUCAUCUCUCUCGCUCUCUCUCUCUCCCUUCCUCCCUCCAUAUAUGUGUGUGUGUGUGUGUGUGUGUGUGUGUGUGUGUGUGUGUGUGUGUGUGUGUGUGUGUGUGUGUGUGUGUGUGUGUGUGUGUGUGUGUGUGUUUUCAAAUUUACAUUUGAAUUAGACUCACUUUGUCAAGUAUGUUACACAUACAGUUGGUCGUAGUGAAUGUGCACCUGUAACAUAAUAAACAGACCAGACAAGUACAGAGUAGAUAAAGGUAAAAAAAGAAAAAUAAUAAAAUAUUACAUAGAAAGGAGCUAAUUUCAAAAGUAGCUGAAGAGAUGAAUGUGCAUGUUAUAUGUGAAUAUAUAUGUGCAGAAUCUGAAGAAAUAAACUGAUAUGAACAUUU